AAUCUGAAACCAAAUAUUCGAGAAAUAACUGAGACAAAUUCUACAACAUGUCGAUGGUGAACACCUUGACCGACAUUGCCCUCGAGCAUCCAGUGAUGCAAGCGGUCAUCUCCUACUUUUCGGAACUACUGCACUCCAUUGGAAAGCCCGCAGAGCAGGGAGAGGUGGUGCCAAAGGAGAUACAACAGACGCUGGGCUCGGUCGUCUCGAAUUACGUCUUAUCGAAUGUCACGCUCAACAGCUUGUUCGGCAGCAAUUAUCACUUUAUCCGUUUGGCUGGCUUGAGCGGCACAUCGGCCAUUUUGAUGGGUGCCUACUGCGGCAGCGUGCUGGAGGGUAUCAAGGAUCCCCUGGAGCAGAUACGCCUGGGGGGAUAUGCGGAUGGGGCCAUUCGCAUUCACUUCCUGCAUGCGUUCACAAUGAUGGCCAUUCCCCUGGCCCACUAUCCCGUGCUCACGGGCACUCUGAUGACCACGGGGACGCUGAUCUACAGCGGCUCCUUGUACUACUGCGCCCUGAAACGCAAGCGUCGCAUUCGUAUUUAUCCCACCAUCGGAGGGUUCGUCCUGAUAGCAGCAUGGAUGUCGCUGCUCAUGUAGGAUGAUGGACUAACCGAAGCAGCGAGAAGACCAAAAAUACACACAAUAAACACACGCCCAUAGCACCCCCCAACACUUCCAACUGGCACAGGCUGGCAGCACAGGUCGGUUUGCUCACUGACACAGGCUGACGGCUAUUCUACACUGCAA